AUGACACCCAUUACCCUCCCAUUUGUCACCUGGACACUUCCAAUCUCUCGCCUUGAAUUCUACCUCAUUUCUCACACAGUCUCUCAAUACUCUGUCCUUUAUCCGCUCGUCAUGCCCAGUCGUCUCCCGCCCUUCUUUCUUGCGGUCUAUGAUACUACUUUGGCUUCUCCAUCUUGCACACCCUCUUUCAGAAUGGUCAGCUCAAUUCAGAAACUCACAUUCUAUUCAAUGAUCUGA